UUCCGACAUUUCCAUCUUCAGCAAAAUCAAGAAAAGCAGAAAAGUGGGAGAUUGUGAGAUUUUCAAGUAAAUUCCAACCAAACUGCUACUGCUUUUGUAGCAAUAAAGUGAAAGGGAGGGGGGAAAAAAGCUCUCAUUCCCAGAGGUGAGAAAGGAAAGAAGGGUAGGGUCCCAACAAACGAAGGAAAAGUUGUACCUACACAAAAUCACAAAAAGGGAAAAAUGGUGGGAAUCUUUCUUCGCUUUCCACUGUUCGGGCACUCCCCACUGCGCCACCUCACUUACCCCAUUUCUACUCCUUUUUCAUGCUCUCUUUAUCUUUUCGUUUUUCUGUCUCUCUCUCUCUCUGAAACACAUACGGACAAAGUUGUAUUAGUUCUGCUCCAGGCGUGAGCUAAUGAACCCUUCUAUGGGAUUUUCAUGCGGAGAUGCUUUCGAUAGAGAUGAAAGCAGAGUUCCAUUGACGGAUGAUGAAAGUAGGGAAGCAAGAUACAGAAUUGGCAUGGAUUGGCAUCAUCUUGGGGUUGAACUCGUCGAAAUGGAGUUCUGGCCUGUAGAACACCCAAUGGAACCGCACGAUGAAGAUCGGCCUGUGAAAUGCCCAAUGCCGGACGCCUCUGUUCUCAAUGAUGGAGAAAUGAAUGAUAAAAGAUUUUCUGAAAGCUUGAAGAAAAGGGCAGAAGUACCGGCUGUCAUUAACAGACAAAGAAUGGUUGUUCUGGAUGAACAGCCUCGUGUUCGAGCAGUGCGCAAAAGGCAUCACACUCUUACCCAUGGGGACCAUAUUAUGACGACUCCUCUAAUGAGAAUGCCACCUCUGGCCACCCUCCCAACGCAGAACAUCACCAUCUUUCAAAUGCUGCAGGUUGACAAGUUUGAGUCUGAAUAAAGAAGUAUAAUGAAAGAUUUGGUCCCAAGCUUUUCUCAGCCCCUUAAGAAGCGAUGAGAUAAUUCUUCUUCAUUACCAAAUGGUGUAGCUAAUUUAGAAGAAAAAUCCUAGAUGCAUGUAGCAAAGACCUGUAACUCUACACCUAUUUUUCAAUCAUAUAUUGUAUAUUAUCACCAAAUCGCAUUCCAAGACAAUUUCA